UAUAUGAAGGUGGGAACUUGUCUUUGUGCCUUGUUAUUAGUGCAUCAAAUUUUGAAGAGGGUUUCCUUCCUUUCCUUCUCUUUGUCUGUCUGUCUAUCUCAUAUGUUACAAUCUAUUUGUCUCUGGUAGAGUUUGAUAUAAUAUUUAUAAUCAGUUUGGGUUCAUUGAAUAAAUAUUUGUUGGAGCCUUGGGAAUUCAGUACUUAUUAGAAAAAGAUGGGAAGACAACCAUGUUGUGACAAAGUUGGGUUGAAGAAAGGGCCAUGGACUGCAGAGGAGGAUAAGAAGCUUAUUAACUUCAUCCUCAACAAUGGCCAAUGCUGUUGGAGAGCUGUUCCUAAGCUUGCAGGAUUGUUAAGGUGUGGGAAAAGUUGCAGACUGAGAUGGACAAACUAUCUUAGGCCUGACCUGAAAAGAGGACUUUUAUCUGAAUAUGAAGAGCAAAUGGUCAUUGAUCUCCAUGCUCAACUUGGCAACAGAUGGUCUAAGAUUGCUUCUCAUCUCCCUGGAAGAACUGAUAAUGAGAUCAAGAACCAUUGGAAUACUCACAUAAAGAAAAAACUGAGGAAAAUGGGCAUUGAUCCUCUCACCCAUAAGCCAUUAUCUACCACUGAACAACAACCCCAGCUACCCUACCACCACCACCAGCAGCAACAAGGGGAAAAGAAACAAGUUUCAAAGGCUGCUGUCAAGUCUCAAGUGGACAAAACCAAGGAGCCAGAAACAUCCUUACAAUCCACAAUAACUGAAGCAAAGGAGGAAGAUAAGAGCAUGACAACUCCAUUUUUUGAGCCAAUGGAGAUGAUGAUGAACAAUAAUAAUGGUUUUUGCACAGAUGAAGUUCCAUUGAUUCAACCCCAUGAGAUUUUGGUCCCUAAUUGUGCACCAUCAACAUCAUCUUCCUCUUCCUCUUCUUGUGACUCUUCCAUGUUCCUUGAAGAAUUUCAGUUCCCUGAUUUUGGAUGGCCCUCUGGUUGCAACACUAGCAGCAACAAUAACAACGACCUGAGCUUGUGGGAUGAUGAUUUCAGCAUUUGGGAUUUGCUAGUCAAUGAUGAUAGUGACAAAAAGCAAGCUCUUAAUUCAUUAUCAUCUCCUCUAAUUCAGUGCCCAAAAAUGGGUGUUGAUCAAGAUUCUUGGACAUAUGAUCUCUUAUGAUUCGAUUUUGAUUUCUUUUUUACUGUGGGUUUUAUUUGCAAUUUGGCAGUCAGUUGCAGAAAGAAAAAUAAGAUAUCCAUCACUUCUUUUUAGUCUUUUCCUA